AUGAAUCCAGAACCUUCUUUGGAACCAUCUACAACAACUACUCUCCAUGAGUGUCUGAAACUUUUUGGGGCUAGAUUUGGGCUCUUUGAAGCAUCGAAGACUGAUUAUACGGUUGUGAAUACCAGACCUCUACUUCUGGAUUCAAGUGUUUCAGCUAGUUCAAGUAAGAAUCCAAAACGAACUUUUAUUCCUUCUUUCGGUAAGGAGGCUCCACUGCCUAGGCUUGUUACUUUUGCCUCUUCAUUGCCCGAAUUUCAAUGCCCUUUUGCCAUGACCUCUAUUCCUAAAGGUCUUGAACUUGCGGAUGCUUCUAAUGAAGAGAGUCUUGACAGGGCUUGUUCCUGUUUGAUGGAAGGGAUCCACCUACUAAACGAGGGGAUACGUGUUCUUCAUGAGAAUAUGGAUGUGGAGGCAAAGGAUCUUCGUGAAGAGGUGCAUGGUUUAUUAGAGAGGAUAAUAUGGUUAGGUGAAGACCUAUGUUUCGCAGCUGGAGAUCAUGUCUCAGGAAAGGAUGUAAGCAUUAAAUUGCUCGAGGAGGAGUUUUCAAAAGUUAAAACUGGUGUGUCUGAGAAGGAUGCCCAAAUUGCAUUUCUAGGCGAACUUCAAACUUCUGCUAAGCAAGAUUGGCUUCAAUAUCUGAUGAUAUCGGAGCGAGGCGUCUCAUACUUUCAAUGGGUUAUGAAAGAAGACUGA